GCGAGGAUAGUAAAAAACUAGACGAUUUAUUAAAGGGGUUCGGCUAUCAAGCACCGGCCAAAACUAGCGACGAAGUAAAUCCGGAUUUUCAAAAAUUACCGCAUCCUUUUGACAAAAACAAAACAACUUAUUUCAGCGAUUUUAUCAAAACGAAAUUAGGAGACAAAACUUUCAAUGACACCAAUUUAACGCUAGCUGAUUUUAUUGCCGAAAGAAGUGACUAUGGUUCUCUUAUUAGUCAUUUAGGUUAUAGUCCCAUUACUUUUGACAAUACUAACUUAGA